AAUAGUUCGAAGCUAGAAAAAUGCUGAGUCGAAGUUCUUUCACACUGCUGCUCAUUGGCUUGAUGGUAUCCGAGUUCUUAAUCGGGGAUGUAAGCGGAGAUAAUGGAGAUACAGCUCUGCAUAGAGCUGCUUUUGCUGGCAAAAGGAAGGAAGUUCGAAAACUCAUCGAUGAAGGAGCCGACCCAAAUAUUAGAAAUAAUUUUAAUGAGACACCUCUGCAUCAUGCUGCUAAGAACGGUUACGUUGAAUACUUAUUGUUAUUGAAUAAAAGAUUGACCUGAUUUUAUCCCAUCGAUCGGUGUUAUUGUUCAGGUCACAAGAGUGUCGCCGAACUUCUCCUCAACAAUGGCGCCAUUCUUGAGAGUGAAAAUAUUAGGAAAAACACACCUCUUCAUCAUGCUGCUCAGAUGGGUCACCAGAGUGUCGCCGAGUUUCUCCUCAACAAAGGCGCCAAUGUGGAUGCCGUGACUGAUUUUAAUAAUACACCUCUUCAUUAUGCUGCUAUGAAUGGUCACAAAAAUGUCGCCGAGGUUCUCCUCAAUAAAGGCGCCAGUAUAGAUAUCACGAAUCAUUUUAGUAAUACACCUCUUCAUAAUGCUGCUAUGAAUGGUCAAAAGAAUGUUGCUAAACUUCUCAUCGAAAAAGGAGCCGAAGUUUAUUUUGUAAAUAAUGAGAAUCAAACACCUCGUCAGUUAGCUGUUAACAAUGGUCACCGUGAUACCGCUAGACUUUUCGGUUAAAGAAACCAAAUUAAUAUUGAAGAACUAUUGGAACACCACGAUAGUCUCGAUCACUAAACGUCAAACCAAAAAC